AUUAAGUAAUUAUUUCAAGAAAAGGGAAAAACUUAUACGUAAAAAUUACAUUUAAAAUUGUGCAAAUUCGAAACAAUGUCCAACAAUCCUCAGUGGAAAACGUUCCAGCCGCCAAUCAUGAACUCUGACCCUGCAAUAAUUGAUUACAAGUCUAUGACUAUACCAAGUCCCAAAGUUAUAACGGGAUCACAUCCACCAGCAACUAAUAUUUAUCGAAAUGGUACCAACUACAGUGGUGAUCAUUAUAUGAUGGAUUCACCUCCUGGAAAUGGGAAAAAUACUAUACCCUAUACUGGUUAUACCAAUGCUAAGAUGUCACGCAAUGGAGUUACCAGAUUUCCUUUCGGAACAUUUACAGGAAUGGAAGGAAGCACUGGUUAUACAGAAGAGCCAGCAACAAAUAACUCCACUUAUCAGGAUCAAUCUGAGAAUCAAGGAACUCGAGAAACUGGAAUAAUUGAAAAAUUAUUACAUUCAUAUGGGUUUAUACAGUGCUGUGAAAGACAAGCAAGGUUAUUCUUUCAUUUUAGCCAAUUUAGUGGUAAUAUAGAACACUUAAAAAUUGGAGAUCCCGUUGAAUUUGAAAUGACUUAUGAUCGACGGACAGGAAAACCUAUUGCUAGUACAGUUAGCAAGAUUGCUCCAGAAGUGGUGCUAAGUGAAGAAAGAGUUACUGGAAAUGUAACAACCGAAUUACAUACGAGUGGUGAUACACAAGGGCGUAUCAGUUAUGAAAAUCGCGGGGAGUGUUUUUUUUUGCCAUAUACAAAAGAUGAUGUUGAAGGAAAUGUUAGUUUGCGCGCUGGCGACAGAGUGUCAUUUCAAAUUGCUACCAAUCAACGUGGAAAUUUGGGUGCGUGCCACGUAAGAUUGGAAAAUCCAGCACAUCCAGUUCGCUAUCGUGGAGUUGUAUGUUCGAUGAAAGAAAAUUUCGGAUUCAUUGAACGUGCAGACGUAGUUAAAGAGAUUUUCUUCCACUUUAGCGAAGCUAAAUCAAUGAAGGAAGAACUUAGAUUAGGAGAUGAUGUUGAGUUUAUAAUACAAAGUCGAAAUGGGAAAGAGGUAGCUUGUAAUAUCACAAAGCUACCACCUGGUUCAAUAGUUUUUGAAGAAGUCAGCAGUGAAAUAGUAAAGGGACAAGUAUUAAAACCUCUGGAAAGAGGUACUGCAGCUCGUCAUCAAAAUGAUCCUUUACCUGGAAGAAUUCGAUACAGAGAUACAGAUCAUUCUGAUGUUGAAAUUCCUUUUGGGGAUAAAGAUCAAAAAGGAGAUUUUACUCUCAGACAUGGGGACUGGGUCCAAUUUCGUAUUGCUACAGAUACUAGAGAUCAACUCAAGAGAGCUACUGAAAUAUUGUUAUUACCAGAAUCUUUUACUGUAUCUGGUGAAAGACGAGAACAGGGCAUCAUAGCUGCACUUAAAGAUGGAUUUGGUUUUAUUCGUUGCGUAGAUCGAGAUCCACGACUUUUCUUUCAUUUUAACGAAGUUUUGGAUGUUGAUAGAGAAAUUAGUGUAGGAGAUGAAGUUGAAUUCACAGUAAUUCAAGAUCCUUCCUCGUCAUUUUCGAAUAAUCGUCAAAGUGCAAUUAGGUUGAAACAUUUACCAGCCGGUACAGUUCAAUUUGAAACAAUUAUAGAAAAAGAUUUAUUGGGCACUAUAAUUCUGGGUAUAAAUGCCUCUGUGCCUGGUCUCAUUGGAUACACGAAAGAAAAUCAACAAAAAGAUGUUAUUUUCUUUAUUAAAGAUUGUGAUCCCAAGAAUAUUCCAAGACUUGGUGACAAGGUUCAAUUUAGUAUCUGUCAAGUAAAACGAAAUAAAGAACUUGUUGCUGUUGACAUAUCUGUAGUGAGUUCUUCUGGCGAAAAACCGCAGAAUGGCAACAAAAAAUUGAGUGGUCAAGUUUGUCAAGGCUUCAUUGCUGCACUUAAAGAUGGAUUUGGUUUUAUUGAAACUGUAAAUCAUGAUAAAGAAAUAUUUUUUCACUUCAGCAAUUUUGAAGGAGAUGUUAAUGCUUUGGAAGUAGGAGCUGAUAUUGAAUGUACAAUCAGUUCUGGAAAUGGUAGAGGUAAUGGUGGUUGCGUAGCCGCGGAUUACGUUAAUUUGGUACCUCGUGGAAGCAUUCCUAGGCCAACACCAGUUAGCGAAGUGCUUGAUGGAACGGUCAUUAGACCUUUACGAAGUGCAAAUCCUGACCAGGCAGAGUAUGCUGGUUUAAUAAAGAUAAAUGCUACUAAUGAAGAGGAAGAGACUCCAGAAUAUGAAUUCAGAAUUAUGGGUCUCGUCAACAAACGCGAGCUGUUGCAAGCCGGUGAUCCUGUACAAUUACAGGUGGAUUCAGCAGGUCACGCUUGUAAUAUUGUAGCAGUAAGGAAAAAGAGGAAGGCAACUGUUGAUGCAGUAAAAGGUCCUUUUGGUUUUCUUACUUAUGAAGUUGAUGAGGGUAAGAAAUUAUUCUUCCACAUGAGUGAAGUGCGAGAUCAUGCGAUACUUCAACCAGGAGAUCAGGUUGAAUUCGUUUUGAUUACGAAUCAGCGUACUGGUAAAUCAUCUGCAUGCAAUGUGACACGAUUAAGCGACGCGGUUCAACAACGACCUGAACGUUUGAUCAGUCGAUUACGUACUACAUCUUUGGAAGACACAGGUCCUAAAUUAACAAUAGUUAGACAACCAAGAGGACCAGACGGCACGCGUGGAUUUAGUCAGGAAAGAUCCCAGCAUACCCCUGGUGCCAUCCAAGAGUAAUGUCGUAUUGAAAGGAUUAUUGCUUAUCCAAAUUGUAAUCUACAUUACUUGUUUUUAGUCCAUACACUUCGGUACCGAGAUUAUUAUUAUUAUAAGCAUCGUAAACAUUUGCCAAAUUGAGACUAAUGUGACAACAAUAAUAACAUUGAUAAUAAUCGAUUGGAUCAUG